AUCUUCAGCUUGACGCGCGCGCAGCCCAUCCAGAGGGCGCCGCUGUCGCGGCGUGCCCCGAGGCAUGGAUCACGAUCCUAUCCUGUUCGCGCGCCCAACUGCCGCUGUCAUCUGCCCGUCUGCCUCUUCAAGUCUCGGGUAGCUUACAGCGAGGGCCAGCCAAAGUCGGGCUUCCAAACCUCCAUCAGAACUGCAAGAGUGGGAGCUCAACACAAACAGCAGUAACAACGAAACCAAGCAGGCAACCAUGUCAUCAUACGGCCAACAAUUCAAGAUACGCGAGGUGCCCCCGAUCGUGCAGGAGCUGGUGGCCGAGGGCGUGCAGGAGCCGCCGGGCCAGUACGUGGUCCCCGAGCAAGACCGGCCCGCCGCGGCGGUCUCGGAGAUGCCCGAGCCCAUCCCCGUCGUCGACCUCAGCCGGCUGUCCGCCGACAGCCCCGACGAGCUCGCCAAGCUGCGGUCCGCCUUGGAGAACUGGGACCUCUUCCUGGCUGUUGGACAUGGAAUGGAGCCUGGCUUUCUUGCCGAGGCCAUGAAGGUCAUGAGAGAGUUCUUCAAGCUCCCGCUGGAAGAGAAACGGAAAUACUCCAACAUUGUCGACGGCAAGAAGAUGAGCUGGGAUGGAUACGGCAACGACUUGGUCGUGGUGGAAAAUCAGGUCCUUGACUGGAACGACCGGCUCAGCCUCCUGGUGGAACCCGAGUCAGAGAGAGCCUAUGCACUGUGGCCAACACAACCACCUUCUUUCAGAGACAUUCUAUGUGAGUACACAGUCCGGUGCAGAGGGGUGGCCAACCUUAUCCUGCAAAAACUAGCCAAGCUACUCAAUUUACAGGAGGAAUACUUAACAACCAUGCUGGGCGAGAAGUCCUUAACCCAAGCUACAAUCAACUACUACCCUCGGUGCCCCAAGCCAGACCAUGUCUUGGGCCUUAAGCCCCAUACCGAUUCUUCGUUGAUCACUGUCAACUUCGUUGAUGUUGAUGUCAGCGGGCUCCAGCUCCAGAAGAAUGGCAUUUGGUACAACGUGCCCAUCGUCGCAAACGCAUUGGUUGUGAACAUGGGGGAUUUAAUGGAGGUAGUGAGCAAUGGGUUCUUCAAAAGCCUGAUGCAUAGGGUCGUGACCAAUGCGGAGAAAGAACGCUUGUCGUUGGUGAUGUUCUAUGUUUUGGAUCCUGAGGCGGAUAUUGAGCCGGUACCAGAGCUGGUGGAUGAUAAGAGACCUAGACGAUACAAGAAUAUGAAGAGCAAAGACUAUCUAGAGAAAUUCUUUGACACUUAUGCAACAGGGAAGCUAGCCAUAGACUCCAUGAAGAUCUGAAAAUGAAUCUAGUGUGAAUAAGUUCGGUGAGUACAAUGUCUAUUCUACCGUUUCCCCCGAUUUAUGUGUGUGCGUGUGUGAACACCUUGAUGUAAACCAUGAAAUAAAACUUACCCGUCGUGUGCAACACGUGGACCAAAUGAUUGAAGGAUGGUUUCUUGUUUGUAUGUA